GCUGUGUUUAGUCGCAGCAGACGGACGGAGAGAGAAGGAGAGAGGGGGGGGGCGAAGCGACGCGAAGCUAGCCUGCUCGUAUCGCUCUCUAUCGGGGGGGUUAGCCUGCUCUAACGUCGGUCCUCUCGCUUAACCAGCUUUAACGCUCACCACGGCUGCCUUUUAAUACCACAGUAGUGCGUUUUAACAGCCCCCCCUCUCUCUCUAUGUGUUUGACGUGUGUGCCAAGUUGUUUUAUCGCUAUCAUUGCUGGGACAUAUCGGGUUAAGUUAGCCUGCUUUCAGCCCGCUGUGUGUUGCUGGUUAGUCGGCUUCACACAGCCGACCGCACCGGGGUUAAGCUGGAGGAGGGGGGGUAGCUAAAGCUAAGCUAGCGCAAUUAGUACUGAACGUUACAGACAAGACAGCGAUUUAAUUGAUUUUAAGGCACAUAUUGCGCUUUUUAAAUAAAAACUUUAACCUGUACGUGUUUCUUAUCGACACAUAUUUGAUAUUUUAAAAUAAUAUCACACAUAUAUACAGAUAUAUAUUAAUUAAUGUGUAGUUUAAAGGCAGUUUGACCGUUGGGAAACGUUAUCGAACGUUACCUGUGUGUUUGACAUCCAGAGCUGGGGAGGGGAGGGGAGGGGGCAUGACGCGGUUCUAAUCACCCCGCGUUGCCCUCACUAAAGUCGGCUUGAGUGCGUGUGUGUGUGUGCGCGUCUAAACGCUCGACCGCCGGUGCCUUCCCCUCAGACCAGACCAGACCAGACUGUGUGUAGUGUAGACAGUGAAUGUCAUUAUCAGCGCUGUCUGCAUACCAGUGCCGUCGUGGCGAGCCAGCAGAGGAGAGGAGAGGAGAGGAGGAGGCGAGGAAGCGGAUCAGAACAUAGAAACCUUCGCUCACCAUCAUGCAUGUGUUCAACUACCAGAAGAUUUGUGUCAUUUGAAAAGACUAAAGGAGAAAAAAGGACUCAGAGGAAUACAAGAACUCAGUAAGCGCACAGAAACGACAGUAACGCAGUGCUUAGACAUGGCCAGCACCCAGACCAGUUUGAAAACCCCUUUCAAAGACUUGACCUCAUUCAAGGGCAACAUGAAACGGCUGUACAGAGAGCGACUGGAAGACGCUCCCAUCAAGAAGCGAGUGAUGGCGGAGAUCAACCUGAAGCGUCGCAGUUUGGAUUCCCUCCCCAAAACUCCUAAAGUCAAGAGGGAGCACAUCGAGGAUAUGUGCCACGACUCUGACAUGGACCUGGAGGGCCGGGCCGAACUGCAUGUGGUGGGCUCUGCUAAAGCCCUGGACCUGAGCCCCGGACUUAAACACACCCUGGCCCAGUUCACCCUCAGCAGCCAGAGCUCCCUCGGGGGCCCAGCUGCCUUCUCGGCCCGCACCGGCCACGAGCAUUCCCCGGCCGGCAUGCCCCCUCUCCCCUCCCCUCCCGUCCUUGGAGGGGGCCCUCUGCUGGUUCCCUGUGACAGCUCCACCGAACUCACCCACUCGCUGCUGGAAGGAGAGUCCAUCUCCUGCUUCGUCGUCGGGGGAGAGAAGCGGCUUUGCCUGCCCCAGGUCCUCAACUCCGUGCUCCGUGACUUCUCCCUGCAGCAGAUCAACACUGUGUGCGAUGAGCUCUACGUCUACUGCUCACGUUGCGAUGCCGAGCAGCUGCACAUCCUCAAGGUGCUGGGCAUUCUGCCGUUUAACGCGCCUUCCUGUGGCCUCAUUACGCUGACGGAUGCGCAGAGAUUGUGCAACGCUCUCCUGCGUCCUGGAGCAGCAUUGCCCGCCGACCCCAGCGGUAAGCUGUCGACCCAGGGCCUGCUGAAGGAGAGCGAAGCCAGCUUCCAGGUGGAGCACCAGUGCCUGGGGAAGUGCCAGGGUCUCUUUGUGCCCCAGUUCUACACCCAGCCCGAAGCGCACUGCAUCCAGUGCGUCGAGUGCCAGUUGCUCUUUUCACCACAGAAGUUUGUCAUGCAUUCACACAAGUCACCCGAUAAGAGGACCUGCCACUGGGGCUUUGACUCAGCCAAGUGGCCCUGCUACCUGCAGCUUGCCAGGAAGUACCAAGGCACGCCUGAGGAGCCAAAGCUCAAGCAGCUCCUGGACGAGGUCAAAGAGAAGUUUCACUACAAGCUUAAGAGGUCGCUAGACAAAAAGGUGGCGGCAGUGGAGGAGGAGGAGAGCCAGGUGAGGAAACCCACGGCAGAUCUCUGCUCACCCAGCGGCAAGUUGGCCGACACCGACCCCGCAAGAAAGGGGAAAACGUCUCCACCUACUCUGGUGUUCAACCGUCUCUUCUCUGACAUCAAGGAGGAGCCAGGACACCCCACCCUGGUCCAUCCCAGUUACUACCUGUACACAUACGAUAAGAUGGUGGCUCCCAACGUUUCUCUGAGGAGGGAGGCGGAGAUGAGCCCCGAGAUUUUCGGAGCGCUGCUCAAACACCACUACAGCCGCAGAGUUCUGGGCCACGACGAGCCACCCAUGGAUCUCCAUGCGUCGCCUCCCGUCUCUGUUGGCGCAGAGGAAGCCAAAUCCCAACGUGCCGCUGCUGCCUCGGCCACCGAGCGGGAAUGCCAAACCCAGGCAGUUUCCAUGGAGACGAGCAGCCCGAGCCGCAAGAAAACCACCCACAACCCCGCCCACACCCCUCCUCCUCCUCCACCUCCACCUCCUCCUGCUCCUGCAUCGUUGCUGUCGCCGGUAACGGAAGUAGCGGUUAAGGACACGGGCUCUGCCGUGAGCAGCGCUGCAGCGGUGGUGGGGGGGCUGGAGGACGACAAGGACAGGAUUGUUGUGGAGAUCAUGCAGAUGUACAGCAGGCAGCAGGAGAAGCUCAACUCCACCCUGCACAAGCAGCUGCAGCUGGAAAUGGAGCUGGAGGCGUUACGCGGGGGCGAGGCGGCGAGGCUACGGGAGCUGAGCGCCGAGCAGUGGGAGCUGCGCUGCGAGCUGGAAACGGUGCACAGUGAGCAGGCGCGGCAGCUCAGCCAGGCCCGCCAGGAACAGCUGGAGCUGGAGACCCGUCUGGAGCAGCUCCGACAGCAGGCCUGCGCCUGCGAGCCAGGGGCACAACGCCAGCAAGAGGCCCACUACACUGCACAGUUGUCGGAGUUGCGUCAGAGGCUGGAGCAGGCGGAGGCGGACCGGCAGGAGCUGCAGGAGGAGCUGCGCAGGGAGCGGGAGGCACGGGAAAAGCUGGAGCGCACAAUCACCCAGCUCAGGCAGCAGAUGGCCCAGUCUAGCACGGUGGGAGGCAGCCCAUCUCCUCCUCUUACCCCAUCCACCGGACCCCCUAACGCCCACUCCCCGCCCUCCUCCUCUUCUUCCUCCUUCUCAGAGGCCCCAGCGGCUGGCCAAAAGUAACUGCCACCCCUCCGAGGCGCCUCCCUUCCCCUCCUUCAUUCCUCUCCCAAUCACCCGCCAACUCUACAGACACAAACAAAUCAGCCUGAAGCAAAAAGGAGCUUCACAUCUCCUCAGGCUGUUUUUUUUUUGUGCAUCUCCCCUUUUAUUUCAAUGUAGGACUGACUUUUGUUUUUGUAAUUUAACAUCACUUAAAAGAAAAAUGUUGUGUUUUUUUAUUCUUUUUUUUUUCUUUGCUCCCCUCUCCUCUCUUUAAACAGUAUUUAAAGAUUGUUUUUUGGGCAUGUAUGUUUUGAUUUAAUUUAUAAUUUUUACUGAACAAGCAGCUGCUUCACAGACAGGAGUUUGGUCACGUAGAGACCAGCUCAACCCAUCACUAGUUUGUUUCUCCCCCCCACACACACGAUCGUCACCCUCCCCUCCCAGCCCUUCUUACUUUCUCUGGAUCCUGGAGCUAUAAUGACUCGGAGAUUAACAGACUUUCAGACACACAGACUCGUCUCAGCUCCACCCGGACGUCACUUCAUCAUGCUACUACCUGGCACAGCAACCGGUGGCCCACGGACACAAAAUGGGCGCCGGUUUGAGUUGCCCACCUUUUUUUUUUUCUUCUUCGUCUUUCUGUACGUAUACAGCCCAAAUGCUCAAGUACCAGCGACUGCAGGAAACUGCACGGACAUUUCAAUACAGUUUUCUUUUUCUUAUUAUUAUCAUUUUGCUCCUUAUAAAACACAGAAAGAAAAAGUGUAUCAUGUUAAAUACAUCAAAUCUAUAUGGAGGAGAAAGACCUUUACUAUACAAGAAAAAAAAAAAGACAGAUGUCGUAAAAACCUCAUGAAAAUAUGCCAAUAGUGACGCUGAACUUGAAAUGAGUGUUUUUGUUUUUUUUGAGUGUGACCCCUACAAGGUAGCUAGCUAGCAAAUUGUCUGGCCUGGACUCCAGCUGCUCUUAGUUUUCCUCGUCACUCUCCUGGGCAGCACCUGGACUCUCCUGUCGUAGACCAAACAGUCUGUCGGUUGAUCCACCAGCUGCCCGGCGUCUCCUCUAACCUCCCCUCUCCCUCUCACGAGGCCUCAAACCUUCUCCCGCUUGUACCCUAGCACCAUUUUUUCGUCCGCCGGGAAACCCUCUCUAACGCUGUCGUUUUUCUUUCACCCACUUUGGGCUAGACAGAAAAAAACACUGUGCUGUUUUCAGGCUUGGCAUGAAGAAGCUCAUGAGCCAGUGUUAUGCACUUAACGCGCUUUCCUCCCCCAGAAUCCCCUGAGAAAGGAAUGCGUCUGGACACGGGGGCUGGUUGAGCGGGUGUAGCUUUUUCUAAGAAAGAAAAGAGAAAGGAAAGAAAGGCAGGAGUCUCACAUGUGCAGUAGCUGUACUGUGUUACCAUAAUACAUACGACACCCUUGCAUGCCUGCAUACACCCGAGUGUGUCAGGCUGAACAAUGGCCCCCAGCGUUCCCAGCAGAUGAUCAAAGCUCCAGUCUGUCCAUUUUCUGGGCUCCUUUUUUUGUAUCUUUAACUUCAUUGUUAGCAGACGGUUUUAUCCCCACCCUGUUUGUCAGAGCGUCCUCCAAGAAUUUGGGUCGCAGGUGAAAGCAGUUAGUCCAGGCUGGUUUGGGCCUCGUGUCCGGGCCUCUGCUUCACGUUAUUCUGCCUGGCUGAACAAACAGCACCGGGCAGGAAGAGGAAGAGAGGGGAGGCGAGGAUCGAGGGGAGCGCUCAGGGGGGAGACUGGUGCACUCUUUCCCCGCAGGCAGGCAGGCAGGCUGGGUGGCCCAGACGCCGGAGGUACAGAGGGAGCCCUUUUUUUGUUGUUUUGUGCCAUCAGAAUGGGGGCAGCUGUUGUUGUCUGGGGGGCCUCUGCCCGCCCUCGAGUGAGACUGUACAGGAUCGCCCCCCAGCUCCCUCCCUCCCUACCUCCUCUCCCACAAAAACGGCCGUCACUCACUCACACAUACCCGUCCAUCCAUCUCCAGCGCCAGAUCAGCUGGGGGUGCGCAGUGUUUUUUUUUUUUUUUUUUGUAGCUGCCCAGGAGAGCGAGCAGACGUCCAGCCAGAGGAAGAGAGGACUUUUAUUGUGUCAGUUGCCAGGCAAAAGCGCUUUUUAUUGCCACUAAGGAGAUCCCUGUAAGCGAGUGUGUGUGUGUAAAUAAUUGUUUAAAAAGAGAAGGGGAUCGGCCUCAGCUUAAACCCUGAGCUUUUUUUUAUGCAUCUGCUAUAAAUGCAAAUUGAUAGACAUUCCACUGUGCUCCAUCCUGUUCAAUGCAGAGUUUCUUACACAGCUUCCCUUUACAAAAACACAGACCUUAAAGACCGGGCAGAGUACAGUUGUGGUUUGUUGAUAGUCAUAAAAGCAGGUGCAGGUGCAAGCCAGUAAAAUCAAAACCCAUGCCGCAAAUGUACACUCUACUGUUGUUCCAUUUAAACCUUUAUUGAAAUUAUGAAAGAAAAUAUUUAACGUAUUAACUAAAGAUUUAUAUUCACUUUGUAAAUACAGUAGUCAUUAAUAUAUUAACUGUUCUUAUAUGAAAAAUCUUCAAAAGGUUAUAUAAAUUGGACCAGAAUUAAGGCUUCAGAUGUUUCUUUUUGCUUUCUUUCUUUCUUUCUUUCUUUUUUUUAUUAAAAAAAGUGAUCUUUGCAGAUAUCAGAGCUCGACUUUAUGUCCAGUGGAUGCGGGGGAGUGAAACGCAUGGUUUACUGAUGAGACACGACGCAGGACAACGGCAAAAAUAGGAAAAAUAAUAAUUUGUUACACACUUCCCUCUUUCUGAACUGUUUUUGUUUCUUUUUGUGGAUUUCAUCUUGACGGUUUAACGUGUAAUGUAACAAGCUUUUUCUUUCCCCCCCCUCCCCCUUCCUCCGAGCGACGGAUUUAAAACAUUUGAAGAAAAUGCAUUUUGGAAAAAAACAAAAAUUGAUUUUUGUUUUGCAUGUUUUUGCUGCCCCUCCCCUCCCCUCUUAUGUUUUGUGUCACCGGGCCACUCUCUCUUAUCAAUCUGUUCAUUGUUUUUAAAAAAAGAAAAAGAAAAGAUGUUUUCCCACAAUAACGCACAAAUUAUUGAGAUGGCUCAUAUGCAUGAACAUGUGAUGAACAAGUUUUAUAUCAUCGGUUUAGAGGUCGGCUUAUGAAGAACAUGAAAUGUAGCCUCAUUUGAUUUGGAAAUGAUGUGAGAGUGUGUGUGUGUGUGUGUGUGUGUGUGUGUGAGAGACAGAGAAAGUGUGUGUGUGUGUGUUGGCCUCCCACGUCUGACCGAAGCACAGCAGCUUUAAAAAAGGGAAAACUUGCUCAUGUAGCUCCGGUGUGUGUAGUUCUGUUUUAUUUCUGAUCCUCGUCUGGACGUGGUAACAACAUCGCUCGAAAAGAUAAUCAGUAUUAGUUUUUAUUGACUUAAUUACCUCUUCAGCAGAACAAAAUAUAUAUAUAUUUAAAAAAAAAUCAUCACAUUAGCAGAUAAACUAAUCUCUGUAAUUUUUACUUUGUGUAAUUUGCAUUUUAUACACAAGGGGGCGUCGUUUAGCUUCUUUAAUUGUACACGAUAAUGAGGAAAAAGGACUAAAUGAAAGGGUGGAAAAAUCCUUUGCAACACGGUGUGCUGGGCCUUUUUUUUAAUUAUUAUUAUUAUUUUGCAUUUUGCAGUGUUAUGAGAACUUGGAUAUGCUUUGUACAGAAUUUUUACAGGUGUGAAGUUUGCCCAACAGACUAAAGAAAAAAAAAAAACAAAGCUGAAAGGAGCACGGCUUUUCACACAUUUGAAUACAGGAUUUACAUUUACCCAAAGUCUCCUGGCCAUGUGAAGAAAAACCAGUCGAGCUUUUUUGAACUGUUGCAGGCAGGUCAUGUUUUUGCGGUUGGGUGUCUUAACUUUUGAAGCCGGUAAUUAUUCUACUACGCCCAAAUGAGGGAGACGUAGGAAGUAGGGCUGCAUUGGUGAUUGAUUACACAGAUCACUGGAGGUACACCAUGUUUUAAUUUAUACACAUCCUCUUAUAAAUGAUUAAAAAAAUAUUCAUAGCUUGGCUAAAAAAAGACCCUUCCCCCUCCCCUCAAUGCUGUUCUGAAACAUGAAACACAGUGUCUGUGUUAUGACCAUUGCAUACUACGUUGCCAAUACUACAGUGUGAUGAGACUUUUGUUCUUGCAUGAAUCGAGACACUGUUCUCCUACCUCAUGUUGUGAUAUAAAAAGAUGUUUUUUAAGCAGAAGACACUGCAUCUCUAACUGUUUAUCAUUGAUAUUUACUAGUGAAUUACAUACCUGUAAAUGCUUUUAGCUAAUACCUCAGUUGUAUCUAGUGUUUGUUUUUUUUUCUGUUUUUUGCCCUUCCCUGAUUUCAGAUCUUGUAAAUAUACCCUGUAUAGACAAUGAACUUGGAUGAAAUUCAAGUAAAGUUCUGUAGUGUCAAA